AUGCCUAUGUUAAAAGAUCCAUCAACAAAAUAUAGGAAAUUUCCACAAAUUAAUUUACCAAAUCGUAAAUGGCCUAAUAAUUCAUUAGAUAAAGCUCCAAGAUGGUUAUCAACAGAUUUAAGAGAUGGUAAUCAAUCAUUACCUGAUCCAAUGUCUAUUACUGAAAAAAAAGAAUAUUUUAAAAAAUUAAUUGAUAUUGGAUUUAAAGAAAUUGAAGUAAGUUUCCCAUCUGCUUCACAAAUUGAUUUUGAUUUUACACAAUUUGCAGUAAAGACAGCUCCAGAAGAUGUAAGUAUACAAGUUUUAUCACCAUGUCGUGAAGAAUUAAUUAAAAGAACGGUUGAAUCAUUAAAAGGAGCUAAAAGAGCUACAGUUCAUAUAUAUUUAGCCACAUCAGAUUGUUUUAGAAAUGUUGUAUUUGGAUUAAGUAAAGAAGAAAGUAAAAAAUUAGCUGUUAAAUGUACUAAAUUAGUUAGACAAUUAACAAAAGAUGAUCCUUCAACUGCUGGAACAGAUUGGGAUUUUGAAUUUUCACCAGAAACUUUUUCAGAUACUGAUUUAGAUUAUGCAGUGGAAGUAUGUGAAGCUGUAAAAGAAGCUUGGGGUCCAACUGAACAAAAACCAAUUAUAUUUAAUUUACCUGCAACUGUUGAAAUGGCAACUCCAAAUAUUUAUGCUGAUCAAAUUGAAUAUUUUGCAACAAAUAUAAGUGAAAGAGAAAAAAUUUGUAUAUCUUUACAUCCUCAUAAUGAUCGUGGAUGUAGUGUUGCAGCAGCUGAAUUGGGGCAAUUAGCCGGUGCUGAUCGUGUUGAAGGUUGUCUUUUUGGUAAUGGUGAACGUACAGGUAACGUUGAUUUAGUUACUUUAGCAUUAAAUUUAUAUACUCAAGGUGUAACUCCACAUCUAGAUUUUUCAGAUAUUACUUCAGUUAUUGAUAUAGUUGAAAAAUGUAAUAAAAUACCAGUUCAUGCAAGAGCUCCAUAUGGUGGAUCAUUAGUUGUUUGUGCAUUUAGUGGAUCACAUCAAGAUGCAAUUAAAAAGGGUUUUGCUGCACAUUCAGAUAAAAUUAAAAAAUCAGAAGGUAAAAAAAAUGUACAUUGGCAAUUACCAUAUUUACCAUUGGAUCCAGAAGAUAUUGGUAGAACUUAUGAAGCUAUUAUUAGGGUUAAUUCACAAUCAGGUAAAGGAGGUUCAGCUUGGGUUAUUUUACGUAAUUUAGAAUUAGAUUUACCAAGAGGUUUACAAAUUGCAUUUUCUAAAAUAGUACAAGAUCGUGCUGAAAUUAAAGGUCAAGAAUUAACAAAUCAAGAAUUAUGUGAUUUAUUUAAACAAGAAUAUUUUAUUGAUUAUGAUGAAGAUGAUAAAGAAUCUGAAGAUCAAUACUAUAAAUUAAUUGAUUAUUCAAUUACUACACCUGAAAAAGGUAUUAAACAAAUUGAAGCUGAAAUUUCAAUUGAUGGUAAAUCAGUAACUAUAAGUGGUAAAGGUAAUGGUCAAUUAUCUGCAUUUAACGAUGCAUUAGCUAAACAUUUGGGUGUUGAAAUCGAUGUUAAGCAUUAUCAUGAACAUUCUUUAGGUGAAGAUUCAAAUGCAAGAGCUGCUACUUAUAUUGAAGUUUUGGUAAAUAAGAAGAUUAAUAGAUGGGGUGUUGGUAUAAAUACUGAUGUUUCACAAGCUUCUUUCCUUUCAUUAAUUUCAAUUCUUAAUGACAUGACUCAAGAGAAUCCAGUAGAUAUAGCAAAUACGUACAAACAAAUAACUGAAGCUGAAAAUCAAGCAACAAAUUUGGAAAAAGCUUUAGAUGCUUUUGAAGCAAAAUUAGAUUCAAUUUUAAAAGAAGCAGAAAGUAUAAAUAAACCAGAUUCUACUGAUAAUACCAAUUCAAAGAGUCCUUCAAAAUCAAUAGAAGAAUCAAAUUAG